AUGAGUAGUCAACCACACGAAGACUUGAGUAGCGCCCCGGAAUAUCUUGGCCUGGCGACCGAUUUCCUGAGCUUUCUCGCGGGAUCUGGGGGUUUGGUCGAUACAGGCGACAUCCAGCCAAAGAAAGUCAACUCCAGAGACACCGGCUUCGGAAGGAUGAGGUCCGGCAGUGUCUGCAAUUACUGCUGCAAAUUUCUCAGGCAGUGA